CCAUCAUUAUCAAUACUUUAUGUCAAACUCCAUGCCACUCCCAAUAAGCUCCAAGACAUCCUUGACAAACUCUAAAUUCUCCAGUAUUCAUACCUCCAUAUCCUCAUAGCAGUUACUCGCCAUACUGUCCAUCCCCAUGGCAAGCAUGCAUUCCCCCCGUCCCAUCACCAAAGCCGACACACACACCUCUCCACGUUCCUGCAUCCCGCUCAUAUCCUCCUCUCCAUUCCCCUCCAACCACACUCUCAAGCCCCCGCACCCCAACCACAAGCUCCACUCGCCCUGCCAUUAUGCCUACGCUUUCGCAUUCAAAAAACAACUCACUUUCAAAUACCCCACGUUUCCCGCCCAGAAUCAUGUCGUCGAUAUCGUGGCCUACGAUGUGCAUAUUCUCAUUGAGCAGCAUGUGAGAGUGGAGUAG